AUGGCCGUCAAUGUGUUCGCUCUGCCGGCAUCGUCAGUUGCGCUCCUUUUUUCGCUGAUUUUGGGCUUCACGAAUGCGACACCAUGGGCGGAACCCGUAGAAACGAUAGCGUAUAGGGCAGAUGAGUGGUCGCCGCGACCGACUGGAGUACCCAACGAACCAUCGAAGUUAUUCAAGAGAUCAUCACUCGAUGUCGCAAUCUGUGGGUGGUUAGGCGGGAAUGAGGCAGCACCAGCACAAUGUUCGGCCGGAUCAUCUUGUGUUCACGAUACCAUACAUGGAGUUGUCGGGUGUUGUACGACGGAUGGCGCGUGUCUUCAAGGUGUAUACACGACUUGUCUGGAUAAUAAGAGUGCGGGUUGGGCUUCGACACCAGUUGUGAAGAAUGAUGGAGUUACGAACUGCCCUGGAACCGCUUUAUGCUACAGAAAUACCUAUCCGGGGGAAUACUAUCAAUACUCGUGUGGAGAUCCAGCAUCGGCAACUACAAUUUCAACAUCUUACGCUGGGAAGCCAACGGAUGCCAGGUUACAAGUAGUGUUCACAGGAGUCACGUACAAUCCAUCAGUGACCAUCUCAGGCGUGAGUAGUCCUCUGAUAGCUGCCACUGCGACGGUGAAUCUAGGAUCUCAAGCUGGUUCAGACGCUGGUGCUGUAUCACCACCUCAAGCUGCUCAAGUAACUGCUCCAGCGCCAACCGCCUCGAAAACCGAUGCAGGUACCGUAGCUGGAGGAACUGUGGGAGGUAUCGCUGGUGUGGCCCUCGUGGGGGCCCUGGCCUUCUUUCUCCUACGUCGCCGCAAUGAUAGGAAAAACCGGACUCGACGAUCGGCUUACUUCGAGAGGAAACCUCCAUUUGUCCAGCCCUUCGAGCCCAUCGGUCAAGAUUACAACAACCGCGACGAUUUUGUAUCGCCAAUGAUAGGCCAUCUUGAUAACAGUGGAUUUGAACGAGGUUAUGAAGACGACACUGCAUACCAUGGUGGUGGUGGAAUGGCUGAGGUCAAUGAACAGCAGCGAUAUUCGGCCAAUGCCAGAGUUAACCCUUUCACGGAUGAGGCUGAUAUAGGAGAAUCGUCGCCACCUAUGCUAGUUGGACCCAACGGAUAUACAGACGUCUCUCGACAAAACCCUUUCUCUGACAGACACGGGUACAGAAGGACUCCCCCAAAGCCUCUUGCCGAGAGGGCUUACUCAAAUCUACCACCCCGAUUCACACCUUCUCCUAACAAUUCGGAUCCCAUGCGCGCACGGCCGAUGCCCCAGGUGAAUGAGAUGGAUACUGAGAACGAGGACUUCUCGCACACCUGGGCCAAAGCAUCACGCGAGUAUGGCUUCGAUGGCGAUUACUCGGAUGAGGAUACCGAGACUGACGAUGGUGAUGAUGAUUCCGAACAUGGACAUAUACAGAUAGCGACUACUGUAAUGUAUGUUCCACCACCACCUGCAAAGACAGUCGACCGAGAAGCCCAAGCAGAGGCUUUCCGGGAACCAGAUCCUCCUAUUUGGGAAGCGCCUCAUUUGAGAACCGUUCGAAGUGAUAUAUCAAGUCUCCACCACUCUCCGGAACAUCAAAAUGGGAGGAACAUCAAUUCGGCACCAGGAGCGAUGCAAUACCAAAAACAUAACGCUUCAAAUUCUUCGAUAUCGAGUUAUAGAGGGACGCCGACACCUGCAAUGCAAGCAGCAGCGUUAACACGACCAACUCAUCCACUUGAGCAAGAACAAAAUCUCCUCGACGACCGACAUAUAAGCCAUAAUCGAUCCGGCAGUGCCGAGACUUUUCAUAGUGCUAACUCUACAAAUUCGCACAACUCAUCUUCACGCUCGUCACUUCGUUCAUUGCCAAUAGCCAAAACAACGACACGUGAGAAGCGCGUGUCAUUUGGUCUCAACAAUACUAUAAACGAAGUCACUAACGGUAGUGACGGCUGGAGGGGAUCAGGUAUUGAUGGGUUCGGCGCGAGUCCGGCAUGGAGUGGAAUCGGGGGCGGUUGGUUAGAAGGGCAAUCCGGGAUGGCCGCUAUGCCGCUUGUAGAUGAAGCAAUACCAGAAGAAGGACCUCAUGAAUUGCAAGGUUCUGGACCGAGUAAUCUUGCGAAGAGGUCUAGUCUGACACAUAGCGCGAGUGUCAUCAAGCGGAGACCUGUCAGUAGCGUGCCUAUUCUGAACAGUCCUGGGCAGCUGCAACGGGAAUUCGGGAACGAGAGGGUGCGGAAAGGCUCGCUUGGCCCGAUGAAGGAAUGA